AUGUUACUAGGCAUCACCACAACACUUGCAGCGGAAAAUUGGGCCAUGCACAUCGCUUCUAAAACGGCGACUGAACGAGGAUGGUCAAAGGUUCAAUUUGAAACGGAUUCGAAAAGUUUAAUGAGAUUUAUAACCUCGGAUACCGACGCCCCAUGGUAUAUAUCUAAUCUGGUUGUAGAGAUCAAACAAAGGCUCACCCAAAUCCAGCAAUACACCAUUAGACACAUCUACAGAGAAGGAAAUCAAGCGGCAGAUGGUUUAGCAAAUCGAACAACGGAUGACUGUUCCAUAAGGAGGCUCACAACCACCAUAUGGGAACACGCAAUUCCGCAGUCUAUAAGUUUUAUUGUAAUAGCAGACUCUAUGGAUAUUACGUAUCCCGUGUAA